AAAAAAAAAACCCAAAAACUGCUUCGAAAUCAAAACCAUCAGCUCUCGCGAACGAAUCGAAGUGAAAAUGGAAGCGGACGGCGAAGAGAAGGACAUAGGGUUUCCGUUCUUGAUCGCAUCCCGUCGAAGAUUCAGACCCGACAAUCCUUUCUUCGCCGCUGGCAACAUCGAACGAGAGCUCCUCGCCAAACAGGUUGCACUGGAUCUGACUGAAGAUGAAAUAUGUCAGCUUCAGAAUAUGGAAGACGACUACAUUGUACAUUGCCCUAUGGUUGGUUGUGGUGCUCGGCUGAAUUGUUUGGAGGAGUUUGAGGAUCACUACCAUGCUCGACAUACUGCCUCUUGUUCAGUUUGCUCAAGAGUUUAUCCAACAUCCCGAUUGCUUAGCAUACAUGUUUCUGAAGCACAUGACUCCUUUUUUCAAGCUAAACUUGCGCGUGGUUUUCCGAUGUAUGAGUGCCUAGUCGAAGGCUGUGACAUGAAACUUAAGAGCUACAAAGGUCGACAACAGCACCUUGUCGACAAGCACAAGUUUCCAACGUCAUUCGAGUUCUUCAAGAAAGCAAAGCCCUCUAAGCACCACCGACAGAAGACCCAGAGAAAGCAAUCGGACCACUUGAUCAAUACAAAGGAAUCAGGCAUGGAUGUCGAUGAAAAGACUUCCAAGCAUCAAAGCCAGAAGAAAGUGCAGGAAUCGAAAGAAACUGCAAUGGAGGUUGAAGGAGAGGUGGAUAAGCUAGCCUCAGCGGUUUCAAAGCUGAAAACGUCAGAUUCUACUCCUUCGAGUGUUAGCUUUGGGCAUCGACAUGCUCGUGGAUUUACUUUUCUCCCUCGUGCAGUAAGGCAAAAUGUGAAACAGGCUUCUCAGUUUGAUGAGAAAAGGUAAUUAGUGUAAGUGCAAAUUUUGUUGUACGCUUGUUUAUCUUGAUUCAUUAUUUGAAGUCCCUUGUUGGUUCAAAUGUGAUCAAUGUGAGUUUCUCUUGUUGAACUUUCUUAAAUAUCCGAUUUGAGGCUUCUCUUCUUACUA